AUGGCAUGUGGCACCGUCUUGUUGAAACCACAUAUUGGCCACAUCAAUAUCAUCCAAUUUCGGCAGAAAGAACUAUGUUAUCAUGUAGCGAUAUCGAGCACCAGUAACAGUCACUGCUUGACCAGCCUCAUUUUCAAAAAAGUAUGGUCCAAUGAUGCCUCCAGCCCAAAAUCCAGACCAAACAGUGACACGUUGUGGAUGCAUUUGUUUUUCGACAAUCACAUACCUGUGAACAUGUCGGAGAAUAAGGUGCAUUUUCGGCACAUUUUGCUUUAUUACUUCAAGAAAGGCAAGCGAGCUGCGGAGGCCCACCGAAAGAUAUGCAGCGUAUACGGGGACGAUGCCUUAACAAAACGUGCCGCUCAGAAAUGGUUUGCCAAAUUUCGUUCCGGAGAUACGAGUCUUGAAGAUGGACCCCGCAGCGGUCGGCCCACCGAGGUUGAUUCGAAUGAUAUCAAGGCACUGGUUGAGCAAGACCGGACGCUAAAGGUGCGAGAGAUUGCGGAGACACUUAAAAUAGGUUAUGGAACCGUACAAAGGCAUUUGCAACAGCUUGGCUACGUGUCCCGCCUCGAUGUUUGGGUGCCGCACAAGCUGACCGAGGAGAACCUGGCCAACCGCAUAUCCAUCUGCAAUUCACUUCUGAAGCGGCACGAAAGCGACCCGUUUCUCAAACGAAUAGUGACUGGCGACGAAAAGUGGAUCAUCUAUGACAACAUAGUGCGCAAGAGAUCGUGGGGAACCGCUGGCGAGCCGCCGAAUGCCACCCCGAAGGCCGGCCUGCAUCCGAAGAAGAUUUUGCUAUCCAUAUGGUGGGAUCAUCGUGGUGUGCUGUUUUACGAGCUGCUUCCUCAGGGAAAAACGAUCGAUUCGAAGAUCUACUGCACGCAGCUAACGAAAUUGAAUCAAGCAUUGCGACAGAAACGUCCAGAACUGAUCAAUCGCAAAGGUGUCAUAUUCCACCAUGACAACGCCAGACCCCACACCGCAAUAAUCACUCAGCAAAAAUUAGUGCAACUUGGCUGGGAUGUUUUGCCUCACCCACCGUAUUCACCAGACCUUGCGCCAUCCGACUAUCACUUGUUCCGGUCCCUGCAAAACUCCCUCAACGGGAAAUCGUUCGCUGAUCAGACAGCUGUGAAAACGUACCUCGACCGGUUUUUCGCCUCUAAGCCCCAGACCUUCUAUGAGAGCGGAAUAAUGAAAUUGUUGGAAAGAUGGCAAGAGGUCAUCAACAAAAACGGAGAAUAUAUUAUUGAUUAA